GCGGAAAUUCCUAAUUUCGGAGUGACAUGUUAAUCGUGUGACCUGAUUUUUUGUCGGGUCUGAGUUUGCAGUCAUGCGUACAGUACACUCAGCGUGCUUUCGUCUACGAAAAAGAGGAUCCGUCACAGCAAACGUAUCAUGCACUACAUCUUUACCAAUGAACGCGACUUCUGUCGUCCUCAUACUCCAGAAAGCCAACUUUAUUUGGAUAGAUAGUCUGAAUCUCGGUUGUCCUUUACCAUCCAAACCCACAGCGACAAUCUAGUACGUAUUCACAUCUCAUUUCGAUGCGACAGUAGCCAUUUUCAUCGCUCAUGUACUUUUAUCCUUCUCACUCUUGUUUAUCUAAGAUCUCUUGAUAAAGACAACCUUCAGGGCAUGGACCUUUUCUGAGGCCGCAGCUAAGGGCGUUUGUAAUAUCGAUUAUUCUGUCAUCUAAAGAGUAAAGAGAGAGCUCGGUUACUUAAAUUCAAAGCAGCAAGUACUCAAAAGCAACUUCGUUUGGAUCAACUCGGUGUAUCAGAAGAGGAACUUAUCCAAAACAAGAUGAAUAUACAAAAGUGCCAGUAAGUCUUGAGGUCGAAAAAUACACAUAAAGCACGAAGAACAAAUCAUUUUAAUUGUGACAAGUAAGCAUUUUUCUUUUUGAGUGGAUUUUUACAAAGAAAGUAAGUACAAGUACGAAAUAGUUUUUCAGUGGUAAAAACGAACAAGAAACGGCCCGCAAUGAUUUGCCCGAGAAUUCUUGCCGAAAGGGCCACGCCACAUGGAAAGUGCAAUUUUCGGCUGCGGCAAAUUUGGCAAUUGGCGGUUGGAGGUGAACAAACAUGUGAGAGUGAAAUGAAGGAGCAGGAGGAGGCGCUAUCUGGGGGCUCAGCGUCCACUUCGAAGCAGCCUCGUCUUUCCGACACGAUUACUAGUUCCUCCUUACGAGUCCGUUGGUACCACGCGCUUCACGAAUUUCGGCAGAAUGUUACCAAGAGCGCCGGCACGACAGGUACUUAAGACUAUUUUGAAAUUAGAAGAGAAAGAACUUCUGUAGAACAAACAAUAAACAAUAAUCACGUGAUCAACCGCGACUACAAAUUCAAAAAUUUGAAAUUUUCGAAUCUUCUUCUUCUUUCUCUUUUUUCGGUGAAACUGGAAUCUUUUUCACACAAGAAAUAAUAACUGGCGCAGCUAUAGCUCCUGCUGAUGCGCCACAGCAGGCUGCUGCUGGUGAGAAGAACAACGUAGUCGCAAGAACGCCAGAACAAACUGUAGUACCGAAAGAACUUCGCACGUCGCGCGGCAGCGCACCGCUUGCCGAAACUGCGACUCGCAUGAUCAGCGGGGAAGAUUCUACAAGCUUCGUCGUUGGUCCACACCAGCGUGAAAAAACCACACCAGCAGCACCACACCUCCAGUGCGAGGACCGACAAAAGACAAUACUGCACCACGACGACCCGGCGCACCACCACGACCACCACAGCACACCAGUAGACUGCAGCAAAUCACACGCAAAAAAUGAAAUUCCCACCUGCGUCUCCUGGAUUCGGCACGCGUUGGUCGAAAUUCCCGAGGAGAAAGACUGCAAAUUGGACGCUUCCUUGCUCGCCGAGGCCUACCAAGCACUAAGCCCCUUUGCGGAGGAAUUUAUGGGCGGUAGUGCGGAGAAGCACCACGACAACCGGUUGAAAAACGAGUACACGAUCAUCGACGCGAUCAUUCGACGCAACGACGUAGACUACGCUUACUGGAUCGAGCAGUUGACGGAAGCGGUGGACCGGAAUGCGAGUGUCGCCGUGGCCUUGGUCAUGCUCAAGAUCUACCCUCUUCCCCACGUUUUGUCGCAGAUGGUCUCGCAAGACGAUCAGUUUCUGCUGUCUGACCUGGCGACCGCGUGGGAAGAGGCGGUUUUGCGUCUGCCGGCCAAGCGGGCACUGGAGCUCUUGGAUUUAGUCCGUGAGGAACUUCAGCAAGCGGCGCAGCAGCUGUGUCUAAUGCAAGAUGUUGAAACGGAGCAGGAGCAUGAUGAAUCGGAAUUUCGUUCCACCAGUCCACUUGGUAGUAGUCCUCGCACGGUUGCUCCCUCUACGACAAGAGCGACGCGGGGAAAUGAUGAACGCGAUCAUGGUGUUGCACUUGUUACGGUGCUGGAUGAAGAGCAACAUCUUCUUCAUCAUGACGAGGAUUUAUUACUCGGAGCUGCGUCGAACCAAUAUCAACUUGAUCAGGAACUACGCAGACAGUGCGCGGCCGACGAACUCAGCGAGGCCUUUUUGUACAACACUUUUUCCCACUUAUCCUGUGCAAAAGUAUUGCACUUGUAUUGCAAUCAUGCAUUACAAAUCUUUUUUUCAAGGUAAAUCAGCAUUACAAAUUUUAUUUUUCAUGCUGAGGAAAUUUGUAAUGCAUUUGUACGAGUGCGAUACUUUUGCACAGGAUACCACGAGUUUCUCUGCGACUUCGAACAACUGCGGGAACAGGUUUUCCUAUGCAUUCUGCAAACAUAAUGUCGCAGUCGGGAAAAAAGCAUAAACUUGUUAUGCGUGGUUUGCGGCUAACGCAAGUACUACCUGAAUCUGUGUUGCAUAACGGAGCUACUUCCUCACAGCUUGGAAAAACUGCUUGAGCAGAUACUGUGGUAUUUUUCCAGACCCAGACAUGGUUGCAUUUGAUAUUUCCUGAAAGAACAGAAAAGACGACAGAAGGCGAAAGCUUUUUCCUUUUCACGUCACGGUGAGUAAAUCUAAAUUCAUUUCUUUCUCGCUUUCUUCACAUCACAAUCUAGUAUACCGUUCUGACCAUCAUCCAUGUUUUAUCAUUUAGUUGGACCACGAGUCGUCCCAGUGCACGUACAUCGUGCGAAAGAGACCAAUUGUCAAAAUCAGGUGGAGCUGAAUUUUUCCUGCAAGUAGAGCGCGAAAGACUACAGAAGGCGUUUGCAGACGCUGAAUUGGCGCUCACCCGUGAAGAGCAAGAGUUGGCGCCUUCGCAUGGUGAAGAGAAGAAUUGGAAUUGCAGCCACAGAACCAACCACUUUCCGUCGCGGGGAGUACAGAGGACCAGCUCGGGGCUACAGAGCAACAUCUCGGGCGAGCAAGAGCAGCUGGAAAGCACUUUUCAACGUUUUUCCGGUACAACCACUUCAUUUAUUUCCGACGAAGAACAAGAAGACUGCGGCUGCGCGCAUCCUCUCAUCUCGAGAUCUUGUUCCACCCGUACAACUACAUGUACCGAAGCAGCGGAAGUGGGUCCUCUGGAAACGCAGAGCGCCGAAUGGCCGGGACGAGGGCCACUCCCGCCUGCGACCAGUAGGUUUUUGCGACUACCUACCAAAUGCAAAUAUGUCUGGGUCUGGAAGGAUGCAAGGUUUGUCAUGCACAUUUUGCAUGACUUUUGAUGUCUGUGAUGCAUGCCCUAGCAUCACAGAUUCUGUGAGGUGGGCUUCCCAAUGCCUAUACCGCAUGAGAAAUGCCCUCUCGCCGUGGCCAAAACUGGACCUCUUUUGCUGUUCCGGCAAUACAGGUUUUUGGAGAAAGCAGAUGCAGCAUGACACGUUGCAUCCGUCCAAACCCAGACAAAUUUGCAUUGGAUACUACCGCCCGAAGUCCCGGUCAUCCCGGUGUUUGGCCUGCAGGACGUGGACAAGCACCUGCAAGAAGGUCAACGUUACACGUUCGGUCUGAAGUGUAAGUGGCAGAAGUUUUCCGAAUGCAGUAAUGAACAGGUGGGUUUUUCUCCUUGUAGUUCCUGCUCCUCUCAGGCUGCGAGGACCUCCGGUAAAGGGGGCGCAAGUACAACAACCUCUGCCCCCCCGCCCGACGACCACAGACACGAUUGCGAGCACCAUCUUCCCGCCGGCUCUUUGGUCCUCCUUGCGGUGGCCGAGAAGGUGUUUUUAAUCGACCUUGUUCCACUGAGGGCCCGGUACCUUACGAGAAGCUGUUAUGUGACCGCGAAAGAGCCGGGCGAAACAGUAAUUGAUUACAAAGAACAGGUAUCAACUGCAAAUAUCAAUCUGGGUCUGGAAGAUUGAUGCCAGAUUUGUCAUGCAUAUUUUGCAUGACCCGUGAUGCCUGUAACGCAUGGCCUAGCGCCACAGAUUUUUAGAGGACUUCGCUUGAUGCCAAUUCUGCGUCAAAAAUGCCCUUUUCGUGUAGAAAAAACUGGACAACUCCCCUUGCUGGUCAUGCAAUACAGAUUUUUUUCGAAUCCGAAGACAGCAUCACAAGUUAAAAUCUUCCAGACCCAGACAUAUUUCCACAUGCAUAACAGGCUCGCCGCCUCGACCGCGCCUUCAGCAACUACGCCCUGGAUUUGGUGCGCAGUAUUUCGGAAAAGUAUGCCGAGAAAAUUGUGGCCUUCGGAACGGAGGAGUUUUCCAGGCUGGGUCUUUCCGUGGAUGAUCAUCAUGGUGGAGAUGCUGAAGAACAAGUAGAAUUGAGUUGUAGAGAUGAAGCAGGAAAAAUAAACCCGGUCGGAGGUGGUCUGCGACGGAAUUUGACACCAGGUGAUGAACUGGAGAACAAGAGCCGCAAAACGAAGAAAUCCAAGUCCUACCACCUUGUAUCAAAUCCAAAUACAAUCCCGGGAUGCCUGGAAGAAUGUAAACUUGUCAUGCAGGGUUUUCAUGAGCUAUGAGGUCUCAAAUGCGGGACCGAGCAUGACAGACUCUGUGAGUUGUUCUCUGCCAUGCCUAAGCAUCCUGCGGCAGAAAUUUUCUUCCAACUUGAUCGAAAGUGGACAGCUUUUGGCACUCAUGCAACACAGAUUUCUCUUUCUGCAUGCUUCAGAUUUAGCAUGACGAGUUGCAAUCUUCCAGACCCAGACGUAUUUGCAAUCCAUACCUUGCGGAGUUGAUCAAUUUGCAAACCGUCCCGGCGCCCCAGAACUACAACCCAGGUGAUGCCGAAUCGGACUACUCGGAUUGCAGCACAAACGCAAAAAAAUUUUGCGUCCCCAGUGCCAGCACCCAAAAGCUCGAGUUCGCUUCCUCCACCCAACCAAAUGAAGAGCCCGCUUUGAAGAUGUUCACACCCACCACGAAGGAAGAGGACCACUCCGCGUCGUGCUGGACCUCCAUGACCGAGCUGUGUGAAGUUGUUUACAAAGGGUUCCAGCUGAACAGGCAACUGGAGUGCAGUCCUUGGGCCUUUCUACCACGCCCUUUGCCCGAGCUUUACCAGCGCUACGCGGCACUAGACGCGUACUUAGUGCUGGGGUGUUACAACGCAUUAAUAAACGCCGUAUCAUCUACGGGUGUUCGUGUGCAGAACAUGCUUUUCUUCGCGGCGACAACAUCUUCGCAGGAACAGAAAAUGUCGACUCAAGCGCAAGAUGUUGACAAAUAUGCCGGUUGUUCGACGGCGGGGCAGUGCGGAGACUGUGGUGGUGGCGGAGGUAAAGAAGAAGAUGAGGAUCCGCCUCUCGGCAAGUACAGCAACCGCGAACUACUUUUCUCUCCUUUCCAGUACAGCACCGACGCAGCUGCUGCACCGAUGAUUGAGAUUUCUCCGAACGUCUUCCCUGACGUGGUACCGCACCUACGCAAGACCUAUUCAUGAUCUGUGAACCGCUCAACACUCACCUCCGACUUGCAAUCGAAGUGGCCGGCGAACUUUGACGAAGAAGUUUCCAAGACAACUGUUGUGCACUUGCUGGGAACUAGGUUUCGAAGUGUGUAGAUGUGUGAACGCAGAAUCUUGAUAAUAAAAAAGCAAAAGCGUCGAAUGUAGUUAGACUUUGCAAUUUCAUUCAUUUCGACGAUCGUGUUGAAGUGUAUUUAUGUGCGUCAUCAACGCGCCCCCUGGGGUAAGUCGCGCAAAAACCAAACCAUUUUUUACGAGCACUGAGAAGUAGAUCCGAUUUAGCCUUCUCAUGGUCAUCGUGCAGCUCUGAACGUUUUUAUGUGCCUUCCAAGUUAGUACCAAGCGGCACAGUACAAAGAGCAAGAAACCAGCUGGACACGUGCAUAAUACUACAGCUAGGUGGGCGGCCACAACAUCACAGAGGACCUUCCGCACAAAAUCCCGUGUUGCAUCCUCAAGUGAUUUAAUAGUCCUUGCUUUCGAGCAAAGCGUGUUUUUUACUUUUCGUGGUUGUAUUUUUCCGCUAAUGCUUGCCUAUAAUGGCAGGACGUCAGGCAAUAAUUUUAUCAAGUUAAUACAUAUUUAUUCUUACGCUGGCAUUGAUGUCUAUAAAGGUUGUUUGAAGUUCAGCAUCAGAUGCAGCAGACUCUUUCAGGGAUGAGAAGUUUUGCAAAUUUUAUCCCACGGAAAACUCCUGCCGCUCCUUAUGAGCGAGCCCAAUAGAAAAUCGCUCUGAAACUUUGAAUCUUUAAGAAAAAGAAUGUAUUUGCGUUUACUUACUCUCACAUCAAUAGAAACGCUUUCUUUUGUCAUGCUUGGUUCUUCUUUUAAAGGACUCAUUUGUACGGAAAAAAACUCCACCUGCCCGUACUCUUUAAUACUCGCCUUUACAACAUACAGGCGCAUUGAAAAAAGAACAUGGUAAAAACAUGAAAAAAGCCGGCUGCGCGCCGCCCGGGCGCAUUAAUAAUAUCACUUCUAUUUUACAUAGCAACACACAUGAAUGGAGGAGUAGUGCUCUCAUCGCGGAAAGCGAUUGCAUGAAAACCGCCCAACAAUAAAAUUCGAUUCUACAUAUGUUAUCUGUUAACGAAAAUAAUAUACAAGAAGCACAGCUAUACACAAAAUAGAGAUGGCGUAUCUACUGGCAGAAUAAGGUGGCAACUGGUUAGUUUAUUAAAAUAGCAUCAUGAUUUGUUCUUGUUCUCACAGCGACGUCUUCCUCAGUCGUUGAGGAGGCAGUGACCAAGAUGCUAGCAGCUUUGACAGCAGAUUCGAAUGAGCGUAGUUAUUCACAAGUUCAGUGGCUGCAUCUGUUUCUUUACAUUUGGCGGUGGAGUAGCAGUGUGGUCGUAGCCAACUAUCUUUGAAGAUAACAGCAUCAUCAAGUCGAAAUCCGAUAACCACGAGACUCGAUACAAUUUUAGUGGUUCUAGAUCUGAUUGACUGAAAUAUGCAUAUUUUCAAGCAAGAAUUUGCUGGUGCCUGGCAGGGCCGUCAAAAGAGCAGAACCUUUGCCACCAAGCCAAAGAAUAACGCCGAGGGAACAACAGAAUUGUGAAACACCAACGAAGUUGUACUUUUAUCAAAACAAGAACCGAACAAGCUCAAGCUACGAGCAUGGCUAUAAUGAGGAGCACGCACGACACACCCC